CAAUGUUUACUAUCAUCAUCAGUACUCAAAAGUACAAAAGAGAGCAAAGUUAAUUUUCAAUAGGCCAAAGCUGUAGCGCUUGAUGGUCGUGUAAGGUCUGUCUAAGUAGAGAAAAACAAACGUAACAUGUCUUCCCGCAAUUCGCACGCAUUAUGAACCAGGCACGUUUUGCAACGCUUCGCCUUGACCAUGCGCCACAGUGCAGUGGGUGCUGGAUAACCCGGCACUUGAAUAAGCGGCACCGAUAGAUUCGUUUCACCUGCACGCUCGUACAACGUGAGCAUCAGAGGCGCGCAAAAAAGGGAACGGCGACGAAACUCGGAUCGCUGAAGAUUUGGAGAUACGAGGGGAGCAUCCUAGUGCAAGAGCGUCCGAGGAGGGCGUCUCUUCGGCGGGACCGCUGGAUGUAAAAGUGCUCCGGCGCUUCUUUUGCAACUUUCACCUGCUCGGCGUGUGUCUUGUAUCGGAAAGGUUCCGAAGCUCAGUAUUGUGAUGUGCACCGUCCGGUGCCUUUCAAGUGUUCGGGUACCAGGGGCGAAGGCGUCAUAGCGACAAGUAUGGUGUGCACAGCUGCAUCAUGCCAUCCAAGAAGCAGUAUAAUUUAGUAAGCGAUGAUUCGUACGACAGCAGAAUUCCCCUGCACAGUGAAGAAGCUUUUCAACAUGGAAUAUCGUUUAAUGCCAAGUACAUUGGCACCAUGGAUGUUCCUCGACCCAGCAGCCGAGUCGAGAUCGUCGCAGCUAUGCGCCGAAUUCGGUAUGAAUUCAAAGCAGAAUCGGUCAAGAAAAAGAAGGUGACAAUUACCAUAUCUGUUGAUGGGGUGAAAAUCAUCUUGCGGAAGAAACAUAAAAACCAGUGGGCAUGGGAUGACAACAGGUACCUCAUAAUGAACCAUCCAAUCUAUAGAAUCUUCUACGUUUCACACGAUUCUCAAGAUCUGAAGAUCUUUAGCUACAUUGCACGAGAUGGCGGUAGCAAUGGGUUCAAGUGCAAUGUGUUCAAGUCCAAAAAGAAGAGCCAGGCCAUGCGUGUGGUGCGCACCAUUGGGCAGGCCUUUGAGGUUUGCCAUAAACUGAGCCUGGCCAAUGCCACGUCCAGUUUGGUUGCCAGUGACAGUCUCCCAUCAGCUACUCGACACAGCAGCAGCGAGAACUCCAUUUCCAGAGAAAAGGACCAGAGUGAAAAGUUUGACAGAGACAGCACAUGCGACGACACUAAGCCACUAGCACCACAGUCAGAAUCUAGCCCUGUUGAAUCGCCACGCCAGGAAUCUCACUGCAGUUCAAAGGCAUCAUCCUCGUCUCCAGCUACAGGAAGCUCACAACAGACACUGCUGCAGCAGCAACAGCAGCAGCAGCAGUCACAGUCACAAUCACCUAAGCCAGCUGUCAACCAGAUUGUUUGCACCCAACCUGUGGUGAGUGCUGCAAGUGAUGGCGGGUCAGGCCUGCCCCCACCAUCACCUGCUGCGCCUGCCUCUCUUGUGCCAGAAGGAACAUCACUGUCCCUGUACCACCAGUUGCAGCUGAUGCGUGCUCAGAUGGAGCAUCAGGCCCAGCAGGCCCAGUCAGCUAUAAGCCAGGCCCGCCAUUUACGUGACCAGCUCUCAGCAGAGGCAACUGCUCGUUCUGAAGCCAUGUCACAGAAUCAGCAGCUAAUUGUGCACAAUCGGGAGCUGCUGCAGCACAUUCAUCUGUUGGUGAAACACAUCCAGGAGCUGGAAAAAAAGAUAAACAGACUUGAAGGCAAAACUGACCAUCUGCAGCCCGACCUGUCACCGUCCCCACUUCAGAUUGGCCCACCACCCCGGUUCUUGGACUUACUAUCAGGGGCUACGGCUGCAGGAAAGACCCCAUCCCCAGUGCCCCCUAGUGGGGAACCCUUUGAACUGGGAAGCCUAGCUUGGAUGUCAGGGCCAUCAGGAGCACCAGCCAGCAGCAGCCCCCCGCCAGCUACACCUCCGCACCACAAUUUGACUGCCGCCUCCACAGCCAACUCAUCCCCUUCGGUCACUACGAGCAACCUUCAAUUGCGGCUAGAUGACCUGAGCUUCUCAGGCGCCAUGAAGGGAGGCGGGAAUGAGGAGGCACGAGGCAUCGGCCGGUCACCAGCAGCCCGUGCAACAACGGGUCCUGGCAGCCUGCCGGAACUGCCUGUGUUUGCAGAUGGGGGUAGCAGCACAUCGUCCGCAUCACCACCGCCCUGGUCAGCAGGGCCUGUGCCACCAUUUUCUGCGGGCAGUGGGGGCUUGUUUCUGCGGCAAUUCAGUGCCCCCCUGCCUAAUUCGCAGUCGCCUUUGAGUCGACUUCCUGACAUCAGCCGACUUACCAUCGACGAAGGCGAGCCAGGUGGCCUUCAAAACUUUCUUGGAACUGGUGCCAUCGGCAAGAGCUGAGGGGGCGUGCUUUACCUCUUCACCAUGACAGUUGCCCUUCUCCUGCACAAACCGCGGCCCCUCCUUCUGAUAUAACCUGCUUGUUCUUUUAAUGUGGCACAUUUCCUUCUGCUGCCUCUAAAAGCUUUCUGUCUGCACAUUUCUCACCUUGAGUUCAAUCCUUUUCAUCGUCGAGAGAUGGAGAUUGAGAGAACUUUUCUUUCUCUACUGGCAGUAGUUAACCUGCACUUUUGAUCACUGUCAGACUGGUUUCCUCUCAGCCACUGGCCUUCCAAGCGCACAUGAGGCUUCACAUUUAUAUGAAAUCUCACAAACAUUCAAAACAGCAUGUAUUUACAAGCUGGGGGCCUCGUAGUACUUUUGUGACUAUACUGCCUUCUAAUUUGAUAAUGGACUUUAUGUUCAGUCCUUUUCCCCCCCAUUUUUUCUUCUACUUUUUUAAUGUGUUGGAUUGCAUGAUGUGACACCUCUGUCCCAUCACUGGCAUUUCAAAACUGAUUGUUUGACUACUUGUAAGCACAGCAUUGCUCGGAAAUAUACCUGACCUGUUCAUAGUUCCCACUGCUCUUGUUUUUUUAAUUUUUCAUUUAAUGUUGCAACCUACACUAACUAGUUCUUAGUUACUCUAUGUUCUGCCCUAGUGUUCUUUGUUGCCUACUAUGGCGUGUACUGCAUUUCUGCAGCAACUGUGUCUGCAGUUAUUCUAAAUAUACUGCAGUGCCACAUUAUAGUGAUUACUUAUGUUGUCUGACACUCCUCUAUCAAAGUAGUGUGUGCUUACUGCCAUGAUUUUUUUUUAUUCUUGUGCAUGCAUAUGUGUACUUACAUUUAUUCAAAAUCUACUUUCCAUUCGAAAUCUUGUUCACUAAAUUACUGCUGAAGUGGGCAUUAGCUUUACCUUGGCAAAUGAAAUACAGCCAUGUUAGUUAAUUUUUCGAAAUGUUUUGGUAAAACUGCAGUGGUUGUGCUACUGGUUUUUAAUUUUUUUUCUUGAGAAAAUAAUUCAUCUUCUGGCAAGAGUCGCAUCUGUUCUCAUAUUUUUUUUUUUAUUUAGCUUUAUGUGAAUGAGAAAGGUGGGAAGCCGUGGGAGUACCUGCUCAUUGCAGAUGAUUUUAUAGAUGAAGUACGAGCUGCAUUUGACCAAGUCUGCAUCACAUGUGCUUCCAUAUGCUGUUAUGCAUCUCUAUUAUUCUUGUUAAAUUUCUCUCUGGGGAAUUUCUCUUUAAAAUCUGGUAAAUUUCUAUUAUUUUUAUGGGAAGGGGGGGUGUUGAUGCUGUACCACAAGUGUGGUUUGUCCAAUCUUUUUAUAAAAUGUGUGAUCUUAAUGUGUUCCUAUAAAAUGUGUUAACUUAAUGCUUACAUGAUGUAUCAAGUGGCAAAGAGCUAAAGAGAUAUAGUUCACAGAAUGUGUAUACUGUAUUGUUUAACUGUAUUAACACCUGUGAGCCUAAAAGGAAAUCUGAUGCAAAAUUUUAAAAUUUAACCUCAGUUGUGGUAUGGGGAAGGCCAGAAAGAAAAGUAGGUUGUGAAUGCCAGUUGAGGCAGAAGGAAAGAAUGUUUAUAUUGGCAGUGAAGCCUGCCUUCUGGCAGCUUAGCAUCAUGACAUUUGAAAUUUCCUAUCUGCUAGGAUUAGGCACCAGUUUAAAAAAUAUUCUUUCUGAACGACAUCAACAAGACACUGUCGUACAACUUCCAGUGUCUAACCACAAUCGGCAAUGGGGCCUGGUAGGAACUUACUGAAGCUUGGGCUUGAAACUGUACUAGAUUCAACACUGAUGCCGCUGCCAUGAUGGUACAAUAGUUACGUUGCUUGGAUGCUUACCCAUAAGUCGUGUGUUCAAUUGCUGUGGUAUUCGCAUUUGGAUGGAGAUAAAAUGCUGGAGGCCCCUGUAGUUAAAUUCAAGAGCGCAUUAAAGAGUCACUAUGUGGUCGAAAUUUCCAGAUCCCCCUUCACUAUACUGUGCUUUAUAAUCGUAUCAUGGUUUAGGCACAUGAAAUCCCGGAUAUUAUUAUUUAUUAUAUUGACACUGAUUUUAGUGUGAUGCAUUUCAACGCCCAACAAGCUUUUAUAAAAUAGUGAGUCACUGCUUGGGGUGAAUGAGCAAGCAUUGCAGUGAUCAUUCACUAUCCCACUUGUUGCAAACGUAAGGUGCAGAAAGGUUGAAAGGCAGCCUGGUUGGUAUAAAUUCAUACUGAAAUACUUGCAACUUAAACUAGUGGGACACAGAAAGAGGGCCAAAACAAGCACAGGAUGAAACUUGGAUUUAUUCACAGAAGAUCAUGCAUUAUCUACUGUGAAUAAAUCCAAGUUUCAGUCUGAGCUUGUUUGUGUCCUCUUUCUGUGUCUCGUUAGUUUGCGCUGCCAAAAUUUCAGUAUCAAAAAGGUGUUGUGGUGCUAAGCUCAAAAAUGGGGGUUCGACUCCUGGUCAUGGCAAUCACAUUUUUUACUGGGGUAAAAUGCAAGAACAGCCCGCCGCGGUAGUCUAGUGGUUAUGGCACUCAACUGCUAACUCGAA